AUGGAACUUUCCGAUGUCGGCCCAACAAUAAAAUCGGGCGAUCACACGGACGGAGAAGCUGCACUUCAAACAGGCAUUCGUUUCCGAUUCGGAACUCGAGACAUUCAAGCCAUUGGAACUCCGUCAGAUCAUGCUCAUCUCAACGUCCUACGACUGAGAAUUGAUAAGACGUUCAUCGGAGGAAUAAUCGAGUCUUUAUUCACUAUCAUAUCGAAAGCCGUUGGUCCAUGGCUGCAAACAAAAUUCCCUGAGUGGUUCUUACCAGAACAUAUCGUCUUGAAACGUCAAAAGAAGAACUGGGAAGAGGAAUUUGACCACGAAGUCGUCGCGUACAACAGACUACGACCUAUUCAAGGCCUCACAAUCCCCAAGUUCUACGGCACGAUUCAGUAUGCAAACACUCGCGCCUUGAUACUCUCAGACAUCGGGGGGUCUAGCCUCUCAACGCCUGAUGGCGCCGUUCUGGAUGAGCAAGAUAUCGAGCCCCUGUUGCACCAAGCCUUGACUUCGCUCAAUGAAUAUGGCGUUUGCCACGACGAUACGAAACUCGACAACUUCCAUCUUGUGGCUGAUGAGGGAAAAGACAAAAUCAUGAUCGUCGACUUAGAGUCCGCAGACUUUGAUCAGACUGAAGAAGAGCUUGCUUAUACGGCGAAAAGCAAAACGAAAUCGCUGCUUCGUCAGUAUCGGAACCAUUUAAAGUGUUUGGAACAUGAUGGCGUGCUAUUGCCGAGACGGCCUGUUCGAAGAUGA